GCGGGGCCGGGCAGCGCCGCAGCCGCAGCCCCGCCCCGCCCCGUCCCGUCCGGUCUCGGGCGCUGCGGGCCGGCGGCGCAGCAUGGCGGAGCGCCCGGCGGUAGCAGCGGGAGCGGCGGGGCUGCCGCUGCGGGCGCGGCUCAGCUUCGCGGCCGGGCACUUCCUGAACGACCUGUGCGCCUCGCUGUGGUUCACCUACCUGCUGCUCUACCUGCACGCCGUGCUGGGCUACGGCCACCGCCUGGCCGGCGCCCUGCUGCUGGCCGGGCAGGCGGCCGACGGGCUCUGCACGCCCCUCGUCGGCCUCGAGGCCGACCGCGCCGCCGGCUGCGGCCGCUACGGGCGGAGGAAGUCCUGGCACCUCGCCGGCACCACCUGCGUCCUUGUGUCCUUUCCCUUCAUCUUCAACCCCUGCCUGGGUUGCAAGGAGAACGUGCCACAGUGGGCAGCCUUCAUCUACUACCUCCCCUUCAUCAUCAUCUUCCAAUUCGGCUGGGCAGCCACACAGAUCUCCCACCUGUCCCUCAUCCCCGAGCUGGUGACCAGCGACCAUGAGAAGGUGGAGCUCACAGCUUUCAGGUAUGCCUUUACUGUCAUGGCCAAUAUCACUGUGUAUGGCCUGGCCUGGCUCCUGCUGAACUUCCAGGUGGACCAGCCUGACCGCACAGAGCACCUAGGCAUCCAGGAUGUCCCAAUAUUUCAGAACCUGUCCCUCAUUGUGGUGGGGCUGGGGGCUGUGUUCUCCCUCAUCUUCCACCUGGGCACCAAAGAGAAGCCGUACCCGCCAGGCUCACUGCCUCAGCUGGAGGAGACCACACCCCUGCUGCAGAAGGAGCCUAUGAGCCCCCCACACCCACUGCUGAUCUGGAAAGACUGGCUGCUGGAGCCUGCCUUCUACCAGGUUGCGGUGCUCUACAUGUCCACCCGGCUCAUCAUCAACCUGUCCCAGACCUACAUUGCCAUGUACCUGACAAACUCACUGCUGCUGCCCAAGAAAUACAUCGCCACCAUCCCCCUGGUGAUGUACAUCAGUGGAUUCCUCUCCUCCUUCCUUAUGAAGCCUGUGAAUAAGUGGAUAGGUCGAAAUCUGACCUACUUUGUGGGCAUCCUGAUGAUCUUGGCCUUUGCCUCCUGGGUGACCCUGGCUAGGCAUAUGGGAGCGGAGAUCUAUGGGGCGGCCGUGCUGCUUGGGGCUGGCUCUGCUACUAUCCUGGUCACCUCCCUCUCCAUGACAGCAGACCUCAUCGGCACCAACACGCACAGCGGGGCGUUCGUAUACGGGGCCAUGAGCUUCACAGACAAGAUGGCCAACGGCCUGGCUGUGAUGGCGAUCCAGAACCUGCACCCGUGCCCAUGCUGUCUGCCUGCAGGGACUGAGCAGAGCAGGGACCCCCUACGGCGGGACGGAGAGCAUGGAGGGAAGGAUCCAGAGUGGCACAGUGAACUGAGCAGGGCCCGUGUCCUUGGCCACUGUGGCAUCCACGCUGCUGAGCUCUGCCUGGAGGGACCCCCACGGCAGGGGAUGGCACUGGGGCAGAGGCACUGGGCUCAGGGGGCUGUUGGCCCCUGCCCUGUCUCACUGUCACCUUGCACUGGACUCGUGUUUCCCACACACACCCCCGUGCCCUGCCCAGGCACUCAUGAAGGAUGUCACCCUGUGCUUGCACAAGUAUAACACUAGAAGGUCCUGGGCUGGGCACCCAGCCCUGGGUUUUAACCUGCAUUUGUAAGGUCAGUAUGUACAAAUGGCACUUUUUAAAGGAGGAGAAAAAGGAGAGAAAAAAAACCCCAAACCAAUAAAGCACCUCUAACCGUG